CGAGAUCUCGCGAUAAUGUCUCGCGGUUGCUGGGCAACACAGAAAAGAGGUGUUCUGUUGCUGCUAAAGGAGCUAAACAGUUUUCUUUCAAUCAUUUUCAGGUGCAAAACAGCGUGUUUACGCUCUUUUUCGGUCCAGGAUGGCGAAUCAGAGACCGGCAUCAGGAAGACCUAUGAGUCGUGGAUCAUUUGGGCUGAGUGCUGGAAGACCCCCUCAGACUGGCAUCAGGGUUGGCACUGGGAUGGUACCAGUGACCAGGGGUGGACCCAUCGCUUCUCCUGGAGUUUUAUCAGCUCAGAUUAAAGUGGCAGAUCGUCCUGUAACUCAACAGGGUCUCAGUGGAAUGAAGACCGCCAUGAAAGGACCGCAGAGGCAAAUCCUUGAUAAGUCAUAUUACCUCGGGUUAUUACGGAGUAAAAUAAAUGAGCUGAUGACAGAGUCCAGCAAAUUACAAAAAGACAUUGACACCUUCAAUCAGGAAAAUUCAGUGUAUCUUUCUUAUGAGAAAAGAGCAGAGGGCCUCGCUGGAGAAAUUAAAGAUCUUCAAGGACAACUGGCAGAUUACAACAUGCUGGUUGACAAGCUGAACACAAACACAGAGAUGGAUGAAGUUGUAAAUGAUGUCAUCAUGCUAAGAGCACAGAAUGACAGAGAAGCUCAAAGUAUGGACAUUAUAUUCACUGAAAGGAGAAAGAAAGAGGAUCUGAUACGAGCUGUUGAUGACGAUAUAGUGCAAGAGAAACAAGCUGCAGAAAACAUUAUUAAAAAGAUGUCUGCUGAUAAACAGGCUAAAUAUGCUGAAAUGAAAGCCACCAACGAAGAGCUACUGCAGGAACUGGACACUCGACAAGAAGAACUAGACGCUCUGAUGAGCAGGAAGGAGACGUUUGAGGCAGAGUUUCUUCACUCACAGGUCAAACAGGAUGCAGUGAUGCUGCAUGAGAAAUUACUGGAACUAGAGAACCGCAGAGACGGUAUGCUGGCUGAAGACAGGAGUGUGGGUUCUCCACAGGAGGAGAGAGAACGCCUCUUGAAACAGGUGAAAGAAAACAACCAGGAAAUUGCCAGCAUGGAACGACAACUGACGGAUGUACGUGAGAAAAUCAGCCACCUCACAGAUGAGAUGCGACAACUAGAUGCUGACAUGGAGGAAAAUCAAGGAGAAAGAGCUCAGAAGUACAAGGAGCUGCAGAAGAGAGAAGAGGAAAUCGAUUCAUAUCUGAACACGUUUGAAGAGAAUCGAUCCCAGGAGCUGCAGCAUAUCAGAGACACGCAGACCAGCAUCGUGGCUCUUCUGGAACACUCCAGCAGGAACAUCAGUCGUCUGCAGCAGCUGUCUGCGGUCACUGCACAAGAGCUGCAGUCCAUGCAGGAAGACCUGAGCUUCAAAGAGACGGAGAUGCACAAGUCUCACAUCACAGCCAAAGGCCUUUCAUCAGAGAGUGACCGUUUACAGCAGGACCUGCUGAAGGUCGAGCAGUUGGAAGGGAAGGUCACCACAGAGCUACAGACUCUCAGAGAUCAACUCAAACUCAUGAAUGAAGAGCUGCUCACAUACAGAGAUCUGGAUGCUCUCAAAACUGCUGGAGAGGAGAGGAAGACGAGGCUGCAGGAAGAUCGAGUGACACUCACUCAGAGGAAAGACACAUUUAAGAAGAUCUUACACAAGAUGAAUGAAGAGUUUGAAACUCUGAAGAGCCAGUUACUAGACAAUGAGACCCAUGUAGAGCUGACCAACAUGGAGAGAAAGUGGCAACAUCAUGAACAGAACAACUAUGUGAUGAAAGAAUUCAUCGCUUCCAAGGGCGUAGAAAGCGAUUACCGCCCAGUGGUAAAGAAUGUCAACAAGCAGCUGCUGGAGUACAAUAAGACUCUCAUCGACACUCUGCAGGGCACUAGAAACUGAGGAGGAGGUGCACUUCCUGUCUGCUCAAGCAAACUCACUCACUUCCUGUUCAAGAGCACCAGAGAGAUAACUGUGCGAAUGAUUAAAGAACACGAGUCAUAUUUCACAACACAUGAAAAAUGAUAAUUUCUGUAACACGGCAGUGAUUUAUUUAUAUUUGAAAUUUUCUGUGUAAUGCUUGAAUAUGUCAGUCACAAUCUGUAGGUCAAAUAUUUUUUUAAAUGCAUAUUAUAAAGUUAAAUUGUUAAAUAAUGUCUCGAGUCAUUUGUUUGAGA